AUGAGUCGAAUCGAUGGGCAGCCCGCGCGGCCCGCGCUGCUGUGCGCCUUGGCGUCGGUGCUCGCCGCGGCGACGGCGCCGGACCCGCGCGUAACGGUGCCCAGCGGCGCGUCCCGCGCCGACGCCCCGCGGGUCGAGGCGGCCGCGCGCGACGGCCUCGCGCGCGCGGUGCCGCUCGUCGGCUACGACCGCGCCCGAUGUUUGGACGGCUCGCCGGGCCGCUACUACGUCGACGUGUACGGCGACAACACGAAAAUCUACGUGCACCUGCAGGGCGGCGGCUUCUGCGGGUCCCUCGGGGCCUGCGCGAACCGGUCGCGGACGCCCCUCGGCUCGACGCGGCCGGACGUGCCGGGCGCCUGGGGCCCGACGCUGGACCUCGCCGCGGAGCGGCCCUACUUCUCGCGGAACGCGACGCGCAACCCGCUGCUCGCGGACUUCACGCACGUCUUCGUCGUCUACUGCGACGGCGCCUACUUUGCGGGGAACGUCGCGGACCCGGCCCCCGAGCCCGGCGGCGACUCGCUCUUCUUCCGGGGGCGGGCCAUCCUCGACGCCGUCGUCGCGGACCUCGACCUCGCCGGCGCGACGGACGUGAUCCUCGGGGGCUGCUCCGCGGGCGGCAUCGCGACGUUUUUACACCUGGACGCCGUCGCGGCGUCGCUGCGAGCGAUCGCGCCAAACGCGGCCGUCGCGGGCUUCGCGGACAGCGGCUACUACGCCGACGUGCCGUACUACACGAACCAGAAGCGUUUCCCCUUCGAGGCGCAGAACGUGACGGCGGACCCGCGGUGCCUGGCGGACCACGCGGACCGCCCGUGGGCCUGCCUCGUGUCGUCCGUGACCGCGAAAUACGCGUUCGCGGCGCGCGGCGCCGCGGCGGGGGCCUUCGUCGACGCCUGCCACCGCCACUGCGACCGCGUCGACGCGGGCCACGACGUGUGGAAUAUCUCCGCGCAGGGCACGACGCCCCUCGUCGCGCUCGCGGACUGGUUCUCGCACCCGCGCGGGUUCCUCGUCGAGCAGGCGCCGAACGCGUCCUACCCCUGCGAGUCGUGCUGCUAA